AUUGUCUACCAAUAGAGCGGGCUAUUUGCAAAAUAAAGGUAGCCUCCUGUCUCGGUCUGAGCCGCUAUGUUGGCUGAUGCAUACAUAAGAGCAGCGGGGUGAUUUUAAUGUGAAGCAGCGGUGAAAUGAGCGGCUUUCAUCAGCAUUAGUUCUUCUCUCUUUCUCUCUCUGUGUAUUUUUUUUAUUUUUUUGCCCCCCUCUGUCGGACAGCUUCGGCUCCUCGGCGGUCGGAUGCUGGAAGUCUUCGCCGAUAAGGGAGCACGUAGGGCUCGCGGAGAAAAAGGAGAAGGGACGCGGAAGGCAGGCAGGAAGGAAGGGAAGGAUAGAGGGGAGCAUUUUAAUACCAAAUCGGGACACAUGUUGAGCUAAGGGCCCGCUCCACCUCCACCACCACCACCACCCCCUUCUCUUCUCCUCCCAAAUGCAUUUGUUGCCUGAAUCGCUUUUCCCGUUACUAAUUACUCCGCGUUAGGAUAAAGCCAGCGGACCUCCUCCUCCUCCUCUUCGGCUCCGAGGACUCACCGUUUCUGCUUGGACGAUCAUGGAUCUCAGUAAAAUUGCUGUCAGCAUCAAUAAGGCCAUCAACACACAGGAGGUCGCUGUCAAAGAGAAGCAUGCCAGGACCUGCAUCUUGGGGACUCAUCAUGAGAAAGGCGCCCACACUUUCUGGGCAGCGGUCAACCGGCUCCCUCUCUCCAGCAACGCGGUGCUCUGCUGGAAGUUCUGCCACGUCUUCCACAAGCUGCUGCGAGACGGACAUCCCAACGUGAUAAAAGACUCCAUGAGGAACAAGGCUGAUUUAACCGAUAUGAGCAGGAUGUGGGGUCACCUGAGUGAAGGCUAUGGGAAGCUGUGCAGCAUCUACCUCAAACUGCUCAUCACCAAAAUGGAGUUUCACAUCAAAAACCCCCGUUUCCCCGGCAACCUGCAGAUGUCAAAUAGACAGCUUGACGAGGCGGGGGAGAACGACGUCAACAACUUCUUCCAGUUGACGGUAGAGAUGUUUGACUACCUGGAGUGUGAGCUCAACCUCUUCCUGGGUGUAUUCAGCUCUCUAGACAUGUCUCGGUCGGUGUCUGUGACAGCAGCAGGUCAGUGUCGACUGGCACCCCUCAUCCAAGUCAUCCUGGACUCAAGCCACCUGUAUGACUACACCGUUAAACUGCUGUUUAAGCUUCACUCCUGCCUUCCAGCAGACACUCUCCAGGGCCACAGAGAUCGCUUCCAGGAACAAUUUAAAAAGUUAAAGAGUCUCUUCUAUCGCUCCAGUAACUUGCAGUAUUUCAAGAGGCUGAUUCAGAUCCCACAGUUGCCUGAGAACCCUCCUAACUUCCUGCGUGCGUCAGCUCUGUCGGAGCACAUCAGCCCCGUGGUCGUGAUCCCCGCCGAGUCCUCGUCCCCCGAGUCAGAGCACAUGGCGGAGACAGACGACCUGGUGGACACAGACGUCCCCUCGCUACCGGCUGCUUUGGAGACCAAGUUUGAUGACCUGUUUGGCACCUCAGCUGCUAUAGACCCGUUCAACUUCAACAGUCAGAACGGCAUGCGCAAGGAUGACAAAGACCGCCUGAUCGAACAGUUGACGCGGGAGAUCCAGGCCCUCAAAGAAGAGCUUGAGUCUUUCAGACUAGAGAGCGGUCGGUUGUGUCAGGUGCUGAGGGGGCGUGUGAGCGAGCUGGAGGCAGAGCUGGCUGAGCAGAGCCACCUGAGGCUGCAGGCUGUCGGAGAGAGCGAGUUCCUGAAGGCAGAGCUGGACGACCUGAGGAGGGUCAGGGAGGACACGGAAAAGGAGCAGCGGAGCCUGACGGAGAUCGAGAGAAAAGCUCAGGCUAAUGAGCAACGCUACACCAAACUGAAGGAGAAGUACACAGAGUUGGUUCAGAGUCAUGCUGACCUGUUGAGGAAGAAUGCAGAGGUGACCCGGCAGAUGACGGUGGCUCGGGCAGCACAGGAUGAAGUGGAGGCAGUGAGGAAAGAGAUGCAGGAGAAGGUGAAAGCAGCCCAGGAGCUUGCAGACAGACAGGAGAGGGAACAGCUGGAGCAGCUUCAGGAGCUUCAGAGAGAGCUGAUGUCCAGUCGGACAGAGCUGGACUCACUGAAGACCACCAUGACCUCCUCACAACAGUCAAGCGAGGUGCUCAGCACUCAGUUGGCCACCCUGGAGUCUGAAAAGGCCGGGCUGGUGCAGUCCUUGUCCAAGGUGGAGGCAGAGCUGGCGGUCCAAGGAGAGAAGCUAGAGCAAGUCCGGAGCUCGCUGGCAACUGAGAGGGAGAGUGGGGUGAAGACGGCAGAAGCCCUGCAGAAUCAGCUUAAUGAGAAGGAGAGCAGGGAGCAGGCGCUGGAAAGUCAGCUGGUAGCAGCUCGCUGGUCCAGUCUGCAGGGAGCUGUGGAAGAGGCGGAGAAGAUCAUCCAGGACUCGCUGGCUCAGAUAGACGACCCGGCACACAUCAGCUGCACCAGCUCGGCAGACUACCUAGCAUCCAGAUGUCAGGCCUCAUUAGACUGUAUGGACCGACUCCAUUCUGCCAGAGAGGCCUUCAUAGCCGACAACACGGGUGUGUUUGAGCUGUUACGAGUGGUGACCCAGUGCGGCCACCUGGUGGGAGACACCAUUGUUCAGGGAAGUGCCACCUCCCACAUGGUGCCUGUGGAGCAAGCUGACGCCCUGUCAGAGAGUGUGAAGGCGUGCGGGGCAGAGGCUCUGGCUCUGCUGGGACAAAUGAAGCAGCAGGACAGCAUGGCUGCAGCAGACAACAGCAAACUGAAGGCAGUUCUCGAGGCCAUCCUGGCCACUGCAGAGAAACUGCGUCCUCGGGGGUUGGAGCUACAGCAGGGGGAGCUGGGAGAUCUUGUGGAGCAGGAAAUGGCUGCCACUUCCGCUGCUGUGGAGUCAGCUGCUGCCAGGAUAGAGGAAAUGCUCAACAAGUCUCGAGCAGUUGAUACAGGAAUCAAGAUGGAGGUCAAUGAGAGGAUCUUGGCCUCAUGCACAGAGCUGAUGCAGGCGAUCAAGGAGCUCAUUCUGUCUUCCAAAGAUCUGCAAAGGGACAUCGUGGAGAGUGGCAGGGGGGCAGCCUCCAUGAAGGAAUUUUAUGCCAAGAACUCCCGCUGGACUGAGGGGCUGAUCUCUGCCUCCAAAGCGGUUGGAUGGGGCGCCACGGUCAUGGUGGAUGCUGCUGAUCUGGUGGUGCAGGGCAAAGGGAAGUUUGAGGAGUUGAUGGUGUGUUCACAUGAAAUAGCUGCCAGCACUGCACAGCUUGUGGCUGCCUCUAAGGUAAAAGCAGACAAAGACAGCGCCAACCUGCACCGUCUGCAGCAGGCGUCCCGUGGCGUCACACAGGCCACCGCAGCCGUUGUGGCCUCCACCAAGUCUGGGAAAUCCCAGAUUGAAGAGACAGAUACGAUGGACUUCUCCAGCAUGACACUCACGCAGAUUAAACGACAGGAGAUGGAUGCACAGGUCCUGGUUCUGGAGCUGGAGACUCGUCUGCAGAAGGAGCGAGAGCGUCUUGGCGAGCUGAGGAAGAAGCAUUACGAGCUGGCUGGGGUAGCAGAGGGCUGGGGCGAGGAAGAGGAGGGCACAGGUUGAGACCUGCCGCCCCUCCGCCCCCCAUCACCCCCCCUCCUCUACCAUAAGACCGGCUUCUGUCUGCCUCUUUCUAUUUAUACACACACUUUUCUGUCUAUUUCUCCCUUGUUUUCUUCUCUCUUUUUUUGUUUGUUUGUUUGUUAUCUAAGCCAAAUGAAAAGGUGCUUCUUUUCUAAACCUGCUUCUCCACCCGUGUCCGGAAGCUUCCAUUAAGAACAGCUCCAAGGGCUCAGCGACGGGGGGGAGGGGGUUGUUGGAGGGAGGAACAAAUGGAUGAGUUGGGGAGUUUGGGGUGGUGUGUGGUGGAGGGGGAGAGAAAAGCUACAGCACAGCCCAACUUCACAGCCUCAUGUCCCCUCCCGCUGCUCCUGCCAGGACUGCGUCGGUGAAAAGCAGCGAUGAAGUCGAUCCGUUCGGCUGAGUAUUUGUUGUCCUCUUCUUCUUCUUCCCUGGUUUUUUAAUAACAAGGAGUCGCAGCAGAGACGCUACGAGCACAAGGUCUACUCAAGACAUCCCAGGAUGCACUGCAAAAGGGCCAAACUCUCAGCAGAAAAAGGGGGAGAUUAAUGACUGUCUGCACCACCCCCUCCUCACCCUCCUCAGCCCCCAGGGUCAUGUCUCUGUGUAACAUAGAUGGCGUGCAUGCUCAAGUGUUUUUUGGUCCACGUCGUGAGCUUAUAAAGCUGUGGGAGCCUGAGCUGCUCUUCAUCUGUCGGUGCAGUUUGAUGCUCUCUUCCUCCCUCUAGUUUCUUCCUAUUCUUUUCUCACUGUGAGUUAUCACCUUAUUAAGUCCGUACCGCUUCACUGGCCGGUUCACUGGACUUUCUGCCUUUCACCUCCUCACCAUUGUAACGACCAUGACUGUUAACUUGAGCCGACCUCCCCCUCCUCUUCCUCCUUUUGUUUUGUUUUUUGGUCUUUAUAUUUUAACAGACGCUUGCCUGGAAACUCUUAAAACCAGAACAGGGAAGUAGCACACAAAACAGUCUUCUCCCCUGUGAGCUUUGAGACUGCCGACUACCUCAUGCUACAUCAUCAGAGGUCAAAGGUAGUGGUGCAUCAUGGGGAGGUGGAGAAGUGUUGCUCAAACACUAAUGACAUGGGGUCAUUUUUAUAUAUAUAGAGAAAAAAAGCCACAACACUUUGUGCUACUUUUUCUGUUCAGUAAUAAAGUCUAUUUCUUCACAACAACAGCCGAAGUCUGGCAACAAACACAAAGUUGUUAAAUAAAGUCAAGGACCCCUUAUUGGUGCAUUAUUUUUAGAUAUGUCUUUCAGUCAAGCAGCACUACUACAAACCUGUCACAGAGGCAGCAGCAGCUUUGGAGGUAGAGGGUUGGAUCCAGUCACUAAUGAACUGCUAACGGUGUCGUCCUCUGGCAGAUGGCAAGUAUCUGCUUCUCCUGGAGACAGUGCCCCUGGUGAGGAUGAUAAAUCCUUUGAGGGUGUCGCAGGAGACAGGACUGCCCGCUCGGUCAGAUAAGUCUGCAGAAGCAGCAAAUGUAAAUCGUUAAAAAGUUUGACAUUUCCAAAUCAAAGCUGAAUGUUAAUAUUUCAAGAGUUUGAGGCCACUGCAGAAACUGUUAUUAAUGAAAUGUUAAAAGAUUUACCUGCCUCUUCAAAAAAAAAAAAAAAAAACCCGCGGGGGGGACUGAUAGUUGACUGCAGUUUUAUAAAUCCUUCACUAACAGUCUGCACUGCCAGGACCUCAGUGGACUCUGAAGUAUGCAGUAUACAGACUGGAGUGUUUUCAAUAGCUUCCUCAAGACCAAGUAGCUGUGUAUAUAAACUACAAGCCUUCUAUUGUUGGAAAUAAUCUUUUGCUUUGUUUUAAUCUAAAAGCAUUCGAUGGCAUCAGUUUUUGCAUCUCUCCAAGUAAGGAUUCAGUUUAAUUGAAUUGGGGAUACAAAAUGGUGCACAUGAAUGCCACACAUAACUAAUAUAAGUCAUUAUUUCUUCUGUAAGAGGUUGUUAUUUAACAGAAUUUCGUACUGAGACCGAUGGACUGACUCUCAACUUGUUUUCCAGUGAACUCUGUGAGAGGACUGAUCAUGCCUUUGUGUAAAAAAAACAAACAAUGAUAAUAAGAAGGCAUCCGUUUUGAACCCAACACCUUAUUUCUUCUUUUCUGUUUGAUGACAGCGAUGAUGAUUCUUCUCUGUGUCUUAACAUUACUUAGUUUUGACGCUCCGCUUCAAGCUGUGUAUCUCUUUUAAAAAAAGUUGUGACACUGGGUAUUUUAACAGACGCUGGUCAAAUAGUAUUUGCCAAUAAUUCUUUAAAAAUAAAGGUUUAAACCACCUGGAGCAGCAGGUGUUUUUUCCCCAUUUGACACCUCGCAUCUGCUGCACCAGCUGGAUUACAACAAAUAGCAAGUAUUAUUUGCAGUACUGUUGGCUCCAGGUCUUUGUAUUUAAUAAUGACUUUAGCUGUGUUCUGUCACCUCUCCCACACAUGGGCAAAACGGUAGCUGAUUUCAUUAGAAUAAUUGGACCAUAAAGCAAAACACCAGAAAAGAAGGGUAUGUCCACUUUUUAUGGUGUUUAAAGUGUCUUGAAAGAUGAGUUGAAUGCACCUUGAGUGAUGUUUGGUUGUAAUUUUUUGCCCAAAUAUUCUUUAUUAACCUCUCUCUCUCCCUCUCUCUCUCUUUGUCUCCUCUCUCUCGGGUCUGUGUCUGUAGUCCUACCAGCUCAGCCAGCCUUUCAAACUGCCUCACACUGUAGUCAAAGAGAAAACAAAUACUCACAUAGCAACAUUGAUAUGUCUUUGUAUGAUAUACUAAAACUUUGUUGGUGGGUUUGUUUUUAUUUUUUCAGUUUUUAAAAUAAAUAUUUCAACUCGUUAAUACAGA